UUUCCUUCCCAUACCCAAACCAGCAAAAUGACCACAUCCAGCAGGCAGAGCUCUUCUACGACUAUGGUCAACAACCUGGCCAAAAUAUUUGAUCCAAACACUUUGCAAAACCAAGGGCCAGGUAAUGGAAUGGAACCUCCUCAAACUCUUCAUGCUGAGAGAAGUGAUGUCAGCACAUCUGAAAGUGUCAACAUCAUGGAUGUGAAGUUUGCCUCCCUUGAAGAGAAAAUUGAUAAAUUGUUGACUCUGCAAGAGAAUGUCCUUAAGAAGCUUAACAGUGUUUCCCAAGAAAUCUGUUGCAUCGAAAAAGACAUGGAGAUGGUAAAGGCAGAAACAUCUGAACCUGGAUCGAGGAUGGAGAGAAACAAAAAAAUGAAAAAUAAUGAAGUGAAGAGACUUUGCCUUAAAAUGAAAAAAUCUCUUUCUGAUAUAAACAAGAAGGCAGAGCAGCAGGUUAAAAGGCUAGAUGGACUUGAACAAAGUGUUUCUGGACUACAGAAACUUGUAGGACCACUGGUAGAGAGGGUGAAAACAUUAAUAAUUCAUAAUUCAACUGUAAAACAUCAUGUUAAAAAACGUAAAGCUUGCAAGGCAGGAGCUGGACAUCCCUUUAGGAUGCACGUUUUCUCGGAGACAACAGCUGGUGAUCUGCUCAAGGAGAAGAAUGAAAAGGUCAUCAAAGAAAAGUCACAGUUCAGUGAAGCAGAAACAAAAGAAAAGAAGCCACCAGAUUCAGCAGAUGGGGACAUCCAGCAGAGUCAGUCCUGCUCUCAGAAAGAAGAAGUUGAUAAACUCAACCAGGAAAAUUCCAAGAGGGAAAGUUCUGUUCUGCUAGAAGUGGAUCCUCCCACAUUUCAUACUGAAGAGUCAGAGAAGAAAGAAGAAAGUUUGUCUUUAGAAAGCCAUUAUGAAUCUAGGAGAAACUCUUUUCAGGAAUCCUUCAGUCCAGAAAAGAAGCAGGAAGAAGAUGCUGUUGAUGAUGCUUGUCAAAAACUCACUGUGCAGGAGACAGAGAGUGAGUCCCCAGCAGAUGAGGAGAAGAAGAAGGAACAUCAGGUGCCUGAAGAUGCACUUGAGGAACAACAAAAGGAGAAAGAGAACGAAGGGGAGGAAAAUGCUGAUAAGAGUGUAAAAAGUGCUGAGGAACCACCAGCUCCUUCCCAACAAGAAGAUAAGGCAGAACAAAGUCAUGAUGAAGAGGUAUCAGAUGGAAGGUGUAAAAGCUGCGAAAAAGAUGAUACUCCUACUCCACCAGCACCAUUUGAUCACCGGAUUGUCUCAGCCAAAAGGGUGGGGAUCAGCAAUUACUAUAAUGUCAACGAGGAUGAAAUUCUGGGAGGAGGGCGAUUUGGGCAAGUGCACAAAUGUGAAGAGAAAGCAACAGGUCUCAAGCUGGCAGCCAAAAUUAUAAAAGCACAAGGUCCAAAACAGAAGGAUGAAGUAAAAAAUGAAAUCAAUGUCAUGAACCAGCUGAAUCAUGUGAACCUUAUCCAGCUGUAUGAUGCCUUUGAAUCUAAAAAUGACAUUGUACUUGUCAUGGAAUAUGUGGAAGGAGGAGAGUUAUUUGACCGAAUUAUUGAUGAAAACUACACCUUGACAGAGAUGGAUACUAUCUCAUUCAUCAAACAGAUCUGCAAGGGAAUUCAGUACAUGCACCAAAUGUACAUUCUUCAUUUGGAUCUCAAGCCUGAGAAUAUCCUGUGCGUGAACCGAGAGGCAAAUCAAAUAAAAAUUAUUGAUUUUGGAUUGGCAAGAAGAUAUAAACCCAGGGAAAAACUUCGAGUUAACUUUGGGACUCCAGAAUUUCUUGCUCCCGAAGUUGUGAAUUAUGAGUUUGUCUCUUUUCCUACAGACAUGUGGAGUUUAGGAGUCAUUGCUUAUAUGCUCCUCACUGGAUUGUCUCCUUUUUUGGGUGAUGAUGACAAUGAGACCCUCAACAAUAUCCUGGCCUGUAACUGGGAUUUUGAAGAUGAGGAAUUUCGAGAUGUUUCUGAUGAGGCCAAAGAUUUCAUAUCAAAGCUUCUCAUCAAGGAAAAAUGCUGGAGAUUAAGUGCAACUGCUGCCUUAAAACACCCAUGGUUAACAGACCACAAGCUCCACUUCAGACUCCAGAAAAAGACAAAAGGUGUCUGUGUGUCUCAAGCACCCCUGGCUCAAUAACCUCUCUGAAAGAGCUGCCAAACAGAAGAAAAGCUGCUGUGUGGUUACUGCUGCUAAGAGAGUUGAAAAUAUCAGCAGUCUCGGUGCUUUACCCCCCUGCCACGACUGAGACUUCUACUAAAUGGACCAACAGCACUUCAGUUGCAGAACAAGUCCCAGCAUUGUGGAGCUGCUUCUUCUCUAUUCAGCUGUUAAAAGAAGGAAAGUAUUUCUCCAGGUUGCAGGAAUGCCUUUCUUCUGGAGCAGCAUGUUCUCCAUGCCUGCAAGUGCUACAUUAGCUUGGUUUCAUAAUGAACUUUUCUUUAUCUAGUCUUAUAUCCUCAUUUACUUAUCAAAGGCUCCUCAAAGUGUUUCUCAUCUGAGCCCAGAAGGAAAUCUGUCACUAUGUUAUAUCUCUAGCCAAAGUUCAUUUGACACUGGAGUAAAAUAAUUAAAAAAAAAAAUUACAGCAAAUUUAAAGCUGCCUUCUGUAGAAGGUUUGAAGUUUGUUUUUCCUGUCACACUAAAAUAAGUUAAGGAUUAGCUCAACCAGAGUUAAAGCCAUGUUAAUGUAACACCAGUGGAAGGGAGAAAUGAGGCUUUCCUUGUGUAUGGCUGAAUUUGCUGCAACUGUGAUAUGGUACAUUUCAGGAUUUUUUAGCCUGAUGAAUUACUGCUCACUGUAAAUACACUUGGAUUAAUUAAACAAGAAAGAGAACAAGGCACUGUUCACUUGUACCCAUGCAGACCCUGUUCUCCAAAAUGCAAGUAUAAUUAAGAGUUAUUUUAACAGAGGGUGAUUUUAUACCAGCUAAUCUGUUUAAUGCUAAUUUAACUGAUUAGGACUGCUGGAAAAGAGGUGAACAAGCAAAAAUCCUCAGUAUUUGUGAAGAUUUUUUGUCUUGCUCCCAAGCCUUUUGGAUUCUUAACUAGGUAAAAAAUUGGAGUCAGAACUGCUGAAUUCAUCACCUGAAUUUUUUUGAUUAUGGCUUAUCAUUAACUGACUCUAAGUUGCCAAAGCUCUGAAGUUAAAAUAAUGAGACUUACUCACUGCUGUAUAUGGCUUUCUUACUGCUUGGUUUCAGAACUACAUAAAUGCAAAUUGUAAUGAGUAUUUUAUUUAGUCAUGAUGUUGUGGUGUCUUUACAUGGUCUCUGCUUAAUCCAGUUCUGAUCAAACCACAUAUUAACAUUAGAUAUCUCUAUAUAUUUAUCUAUACAUUUCAUAUGUUUAUAUAUUUAAGUUCUGUCUUUUUUUUAAAAGGGAUCAACAUAAGGACAAAACAGUAUUAUUCAUCACCAUGCAAUGAAUUGCUUCUCACACCUUUGUCCUUUCUGGAUAGCGUUCCUUUUGAAACAAAAAGGGGCCCAUUAAUGGGACAUCAUGGCCAUCACACUCCCUACAGCCAGUUUGAUCCAAUGUUUUAAAAUCAUCAUAGUACAUCCCUUAAGACUGCUCCUGUAAAUGAACUGGGCUUCUUAGAGCUGUGACCUCUUAGUAACACUGAUGUGUUGCACCGGAAGUGACAAAUACUACUAUCAUAUACCAUGUAACUUUUAUACAAUGUAGAGCACUACCACCUUGGAGUCCUCCUCUGUAGUCUUCACUAAAGUAAACUUUAACAAGCAGAAAUGUAAGUUUCUUUGGGGAAAGACUGAGCAGUCUCAAAGCAAGAAAAUGAGCAUAUGACUUUUAGGUAGAAGCUGGGCUGCUUGUUUUAAGACACCAUUUACAUUUGCCUGGUCAAAAUUAAUAGAAACGUUGCCUUUCUGUUAGGGCUGGAGUUCCCACUCCUGUUCUGACUGUCUUCAAGAUACUGUAGAUUUUUGUGCAGUAAACAACUCAAUGAUCAGGCUAAAAUGCAGCAAACCACUUUGGCACUACAGGAUCUCAUUAUGCUCUCUAGUGCCAUUAUUGUAGAAUUGGAUCAAGGUUUGGUUUUUCCCUUAGUAGAUUUUACAUGGAUAAAUUGCACAUAAUUUUGAAUCUUAUUAACUAUACUAAAAUAAUAGUGUGACUACAGUCUUUUCUGCUUUGUUGCUCAGUUGAAUUAAGAGGAUUUAUUACGUGUUGAUAUAUACAUCUGAGUAGUAAUUAAGAGCUUCGUGCCAUGAAGAUCAGCCCAGUAUUGGAGUGUGUUGUGCUGAGUCAACCACAAAUCCUCCAGGAGCUGUAGGAAAAUGUGACCUCUGCUGAGCACAUCCACCAGCUUCAUCUGUACAGUGCUCUGUCAGAAAUAGAAAUUCAUGGGAGGAUAGAAGAGCUGGACAUAUUUCCUCCACCUUGAGAAUUUAGGCAUGAGCUCAGGAGGGACCCCUCAGCAGCCUCUGGCUUGUGCAUCCAGGCAGUGUGCUAACAUAAUCAAGGUGUUUAACUUCCAGUCUUAAUAACAUGGAUAAUGGUGGUCACAUGCUAGAGUCUUGUCUGUAAAUUGUCCCACUGUUUCAUCCUUGGAACAGCUUCAGCAGUAGGGGCUGAAUUUGAGGGAAGGACAAUCAGAGGAGGUUGGACUGAGCAAGUCUCUGAAGGUGCCCAGAGUUAAACCCAAGUGGGCCUGCAGGUGUCCAGUGGAGGAGGAAGGAAUCCCAAGAGCACUUCUGCUGUUUGCUCCACAGACACUGGAUCUGCAGCACUGAGUCAAAAGGGAGGUACAUUACCUAGGGCCUUAUUGUCACCAAGGGUAAAAAAUUAUACUGCUGUGUAAUCAUCACUGCUGUGUAUAGCAAUGUGCCUGAGAAAAAGUCUCCAGAGAUGUUCAUUUGUGUCUUGCAUCCACCUUAAUAUGAAGAGCUUCUUUCCAUUGAGGGUGGCAGAGCACUGGAACAGGCUGCCCAGGGAGAUCAUGGAGUCUCUAAGGAGAUCACUGGAGUCUGGAGACAUUCCAAACCCCCUUGAUGUGUUCCUGUGUCACCUGCUUUAGGUGACCCUGCCUUGGCAGUGGGGUUGGACUGGAUAAUCUCCAGAUUAUCAACCCUAAAAAUUCUGUAAUUCUCUGAUUCUGGGAUCUUUUCUGGCUGUUGUAAUUUUAGUAAAUAAUAGCUUGAGACACAUUCUUUUUAGUGGCUUCCUAAUUGUGUCUCUUUGCACUUUGAGCAGUAUGCUGUUUUGUGUGUGUGCCCAUAUAUGCAAAUUUGGUUUGGGUUUUGUUUUACUUUGCCCUGCCUCUGGAAACAUUCUAGGGUGAGUUUGACAGGGCUGUAAGCAACCUGGUCAAGUGGGAGACCUCAUUUCUCAUUGCAGAAAGGUUGGAUUAGAUGACCUUUAAAGGUCCCAUCCAACUCAAACUAUUCUAUGAUUCUAUGAUUUUAUGAUUUAAAUAUGUUCUGUAAUGAGUAAUAGCUAAAGCCUGCUGUGCUAAAUUAUUGUUUUGGCACAUCAUCUAUUUUCUACUAGGUCAUAAUAAUACUAAGGCUACUAGGUUCUAAUAAGUCACCCACAUCUGUGUGAGUUUGCUUAUAUUUUUUGCUACAUGUUGGCUUAUGUGAUUGCAUUUGGAAAGUGUGAAUGGCUGUGCUUGUGAACAGAUUUGGGUGUGAAAGGCACUGUUCUAGCUGCUGCUAUUCCAUUUAGUUGUAUACUCACAGGAAUGACUGCAGGUACCUCAAGAGUGGUAUAGAAACAUCAAAUGUGGUAGGAGGGAUGAAGUGCCCAGAUGCACUGCUUGUUUUCUGCAUUCUUCCUGACAUGCAAAAAUUAAAAAAUAAAAUCCUGAGAACAUGACAACUAUCACCUGGCAUUCAUAAGAAUCAGGACAAUGCUAUUUCCACUCCUGUAAAUGCAGCAGGUAUACUGGAUGCCAGAUAAACUAGAGCAGUCUAAGACUGACAUCAAGGUUAGAAGCAAAUUUAUUUGGCACAAGAUGGGACACUAGUGGUUUUUCCACUGAUUUUAUAUGUUGUACAUUCUGAAGAUUAUGAAAUGGGUAAAAACCUCUUCUGCAGAAAGAUCUCCAUACUAUCAUGCCCAUAUUUGUGAAUGUCUGCAGCCAGUUGCUCCUCUGGGUACCCUCACAGCAUAAGCAGUUGGCAACCUGGAUAAUCCACUCUGGAGAUUAUAAAAGCAGCUGGUUUUUAAUUUCAUUUUUAAUUCCUUCUAAUGUCAAAAGCUGAAUAAAGUCAAAGCCAAGCUAAAUUCUUGAUUCCAACCAGGAAUAACAGGGUAGCUCACAGAAAUAAAUAAGGGAAGUGCUAGACCCACCUUUUGUGAUGUGAGUAGUAGAAGGCCCCAGUUUAACCAGCCUGCCUUCCUGCCAAAAAUAUCUACUUUGCACCAGUUCUAUCAGUAAAAAUAAAAGAACCCAAAUCUUCUUAACAGUGAAGGAAUCUCAAUGAAGAUACAGUUUUUCUGAAGUGGUCAAAUUGCUGCAGUAAAAGUCAAGUUACUUUAGCAUUUUCAGUUUAAUGCUGACUAUAAAUCACUGACAGCCUCUUUCAGCAAAAUGACUCCCACCAGAGUCUGUGAGAAAAGAAAGUGUGUCAGCUCUUCUCCACUGAUGGAGACCUGGAAAUAUUGGAUUGUGUUCCACUGGAUCCAGUGAGCAGGGCAAUUCUUAGCUUUAGGACUUUUAAUGUGUGGUAAUGGAUGCAGUUUUGCACCCAGAGUAGUGAUGAAUGGAUGAAUGAGCACUGAUGCUCCACACCCCUUCCAGGAGGAUGGUGCACCUUCACAUACUAUCUACUAUCACUAUUAUCACCAAUAAAUACUUGUUCUUGUGUCUCCUGUGAAUAAAACUAAACACUGCAUGAAUCCGUUUAGGAAUGCUAGACUGUUUCACCUUCCAUGAAGGCUUGCUAGCAGAACUACUAUCUACCUGUUUCAAACCUAGAUGAAGAUGGUGGAGAUAGUGCUUUGUAAAUAUGUUGUUUAGCUGUGGCUGUAGAGUUAGUGAUCUCAUUUUGGUGUGGCAGAACUAAUGUUUGCAUACCCCACAGCAACUUCCCUUGAAUUUAGAGGACAGGCAUGAAGCAUGUGGAUUUUCAUGUACCUUAUCACUUUGGUUUGCAUAUCUGGUUUUGUAGAUUAACUCAUGGUACGUGUUCUUUUGUGAAAACCAUGAAGCAAUCUUGUAAAAAGAUGAAUGAGGAAUAAAUGCUGAUUUUGUUUACUCCAGG